UUUAUUAUUUAUAAUAAUAAAUAAAAUUUAUUGUAAUCAAAUGGAAGUUAAACAAGAAAUUGACGAGGAAACGUGUAAAGUGGAAAUAGUUGAUAAUGACCUAGAUGAUGCUCUUUUGGAUGGCUUUAAAUGUGAAAUUCAGGAUGAAUCCAAUGGGAAUCGGCAAAGUACCCAGGACACGUAUGAUUCUUUGGACUUAAAAAAAUGUCCUAUGAAAACUGAAAUUGAACAACAUGGAAAUCCAUUUGAAGAAAACCAAGAAACUGAAAAAGAUUGUGCCCAAGAGAACGAUGGAAUGGAAAUAAUUAUGAAGACAUUAACGGAACAUUCAUCUCGCGAAGAAAAUUCUAUGAGUCGACAUCAUGAAGGAAAAACAUUAAAUAAAAGUAUGAAAAUUGUGACUGCAAAAAAACCUCACAAGUGUGAAAUUUGUUUUAAGCAAUUUAAAUUCGCAAGUCAUUUGAAAGUACAUUUGAGAGUACAUACUGAAGAAAUGCCUCACAAGUGUGAAAUUUGUUUUAAGCAGUUCAGACAAGCAAGUAAUUUGAGCACACAUUUGAAAGUGCACACUGGGGAAAAACCUCACAAGUGUGAAAUUUGUUUUAAGCAAUUUAGCGUAGCAGAUAAUUUGAAAAGUCAUUUGAGAGUGCACACUGGAGAAAAACCUCACAAGUGUGAAAUUUGUUUUAAGCAGUUUAGUGGAACAGGUAAUUUGAAAAAACAUUUGAGAGUGCACACUGGAGAAAAACCUCACAAGUGUGAAAUUUGUUUUAAGCAGUUCAGACAAGCAAGUAAUUUGAGCACACAUUUGAAAGUGCACACUGGGGAAAAACCUCACAAGUGUGAAAUUUGUUUGAAGCAGUUUAAUAUAGCAAAUACUUUGAAAAGACAUUUGAAAGUGCACACUGGGGAAAAACCUCACAAGUGUGAAAUUUGUUUUAAGCAAUUUAGUCAAGCAAGUGAUUUGAAAGUACAUUUGAGGGUGCACACUGGAGAAAAACCUCACAAGUGUGAAAUUUGUUUUAAGCAGUUCAGACAAGCAAGUAAUUUGAUCACACAUUUGAAAGUGCACACUGGGGAAAAACCUCACAAGUGUGAAAUUUGUUUUAAGCAGUUCAGACAAGCAAGUAAUUUGACCACACAUUUGAAAGUGCACACUGGGGAAAAACCUCACAAGUGUGAAAUUUGUUUUAAGCAAUUUAGUCAAGCAAGUGAUUUGAAAAGACAUUUGAAAGUGCACACUGGGGAAAAACCUCACAAAUGUGAAAUUUGUUUUAAGCAAUUUAGCGUAGCAGAUAAUUUGAAAAGACAUUUGAGAGUGCACACUGGAGAAAAACCUCACAAGUGUGAAAUUUGUUUUAAGCAGUUCAGACAAGCAAGUGAUUUGAAAAGACAUUUGAAAGUGCACACUGGGGAAAAACCUCACAAAUGUGAAAUUUGUUUUAAGCAAUUUAGCGUAGCAGAUAAUUUGAAAAGUCAUUUGAGAGUGCACACUGGAGAAAAACCUCACAAGUGUGAAAUUUGUUUUAAGCAGUUUAGUGGAACUGAUAAUUUGAAAAGACAUUUGAGAGUGCACACUGGAGAAAAACCUCACAAGUGUGAAAUUUGUUUUAAGCAGUUCAGACAAGCAAGUAAUUUGAGCACACAUUUGAAAGUGCACACUGGGGAAAAACCUCACAAGUGUGAAAUUUGUUUUAAGCAAUUUAGCGUAGCAGAUAAUUUGAAAAGUCAUUUGAGAGUGCACACUGGAGAAAAACCUCACAAGUGUGAAAUUUGUUUUAAGCAGUUUAGUGGAGCAGGUAAUUUGAAAAGACAUUUGAGAGAGCACACUGGAGAAAAAACUCAAAAGUGUGAAAUUUGUUUUAAGCAGUUUACUCAAACCAGUAAUUUGAGAGUGCACACUGGAGAAAAACCUCACAAGUGUGAAAUUUGUUUUAUUCAGUUUUCUCAAAAAUGUAUUUUAAAAAAUCAUUUGAGAAUACACGCUAGAGAAAAACUUUACUAAUGUAAAAUUUGUUUGAAGAAGUUUGGUGAAACACGUAAUUUGAAAACACAUUUUGAGAGUUCACACUAGAGAAAAGCAAACAAAAAAUGAUCGCUAAGUGAAAUAUUUAUUAAAGGUUUUCGCUUAAACUGAAUUUACCUUCAUUUAUGCAAAUUCAUCCCAGAAGGUUUAUUUUAGUUAGCAUAGUUUGCAAAAAUAGUACAGACGUGCGCAUAUUUGUAUUAUAAAAACAAAAUAAUGUUCAUCAUGUAUUUGACAACUAUUGUAAUAUUUUAUAUCUACGUUGUAUAUAAAUAAAAAUUUCAUCAUAAAAUUUUUACUUAACAUUUUGAA